GUCACUCCACUCCUUCUUCUUCUUCAAAUUUCAGUUGUUCACCUUUAAAUUAUUUAGUUUUUUGCGAUUAAUGUUAAUUCGUAAGUUUGUUUUGUAUUACUUUUCAUUGUCAUUUUUGAUUUUUAUGUUAGUAACUUAAUUACAGUUUUAUUGCAGAUGGCAUUCCAAAGGUUCACGCGUGGGUUGCGGUGGAAUGUUACACGGAAGAGACCGAAAAGGGUGUAAGUUACGUGGGUGGCAAUUUUUAUAAAAUGAAGGUCCGUACGAGACCGAUGUUUGAAGAGCUCCAUCAAAUGUGCAUUGAGGUUACCUGCAUGGAUGGCACUAGAAGAGUUGAUCGUAUGGUGUAUCGAUAUCCAAACAGACAUGGCGGGUCGCUGUGGAAUGAGGAAUUCCUCAUUACCACUCAGGAGGACGUUGAUGCCAUGGUCCAAUUUUUGACCACCAAUAAAAUUAAACAAGCGGAGAUGUUCGUUUAUACCGAGGCGGUCGAAGACGGUGUAGGUCAUUUUGGAGAAGACCAAACAUCUGGUAUCCACGGUGGGAGUAUAUUAUAUGAAGAUCAUCCCCACCAGGAGUACCAAGACUCGAGCUGGAGGCAGGAGUAUCAUGAUGGAACUAGAGGUCAUCAUCAAUCCUUCCCAUCAUAUGAAGAAAAAGCUCAACAGGCGGAUGGGAACCAACAAGCAAGCUACCAGUACCCACCCGAGUACAACUUCUACCAAAGCGGCGUUAGUUACCACAACUACCAUUAUGGAGCUGGUGAAGGUGAAGGUGCCUUUCAUGAUGAUCAUCAAAUGGAAGAAGAUUUCAAUCCAAGGCCAGUUAGUGACCCUGAGGUUGAAGAAGAGGAUGAUGUCAGACACAGACGGUGAUGAGGUACCUCGCGAACGUGUACCUAUCCCGUACUACAAUCACAUUCCAAAUGAAGACGGUUAUGUUGAUGCCGACAUGGACCCGUCAGAGGUGCCAGUAUGGGGUCCACUCACUAGCUUUACGAAGGGCCAACAAUUUGCAACGAAGAAUGAGGUCAGGCACGCUAUUGCCACUGAAGCAAUGAUUCGGAGUUUUGAAUGGCACACAACCCAUUCCGACACGAAGAGGUUGGUAGGGGUGGGCAUUCGAACCGAACCGAAAUAAUGUAUACCGGGUUUCCGAGUUCCAUCAAACCUCAAACCGAAUUCGAACCGAAUUAUAAUUCGAUUCGGUUGGUUCAAACCAAAUUAUAAUUCGGUUCGGUUCGGUUUUGUAUGAAAAACCAAAAUUGUGAGGUUAGCUUGUAUUUUUUCUCUUUCAAAUUAUUUUUCACCCCUAAUGUAAACAAUAAAUAUGCAAUUAAAUG